AAUUGAAGCCUUGUUAUCUCAGUCUUAUCGCAUCGGUUCUUCUCCACAGCCGCAACCUCGUCCGCUCUUCGUUUUCGCCGAGGAAUACGCACCCCAAGUUGAAUUCGGAUCAAGAAUUGGCCUUCGAUUCUUUAAGUCGCGAGUCCGAGGGCAAAAAUGCCUUCCCGGAGCUUCAAUUCGGGUAUGAGAGCUGUCACAGUUCGAUCUUUUUAUGCAAAUCAUUUUUCUUUGGGCUCUGAUUAGUUGGUUCCGCUUCACUCUUCCGUCGCUAUUACUGUUUCCAAAUUCCAUUUUCUGGUGCUCCGACUGUGACUUCUGGUCCCUCAAGCUGGUACUAUCCAAUUCAGGGUUGUUAGCUUCGAGUGGAAUAUGUAUAUUUUAGGAUGAAGAGUAUUAGGGAUUGGUUUUUUUCUCAAUUAGUGUCCAAUUCAUUGGUCUCAUCUACACCAUUGUCAGGAAGUGAUAGUUUUUUGAAUGAGGGACUUCUAGAUGAGGAAGUUGAUAACCAAGGUUCAGCUGAUACAUCCAGUAUGGUAGCAUCACCAGUACUUCCUGAUACAUCACACGCUACCCAUGGUAGUCAGGAAAAUCAGUAUAAUCCUUCCGUGCAGCAGGCUUCUGUUGAAGACUCCUAUCGGUUCUCUCAUAGCUCUGGUAAGCAAAAAAUGAAUCCAUUGGCGAAGAUUGAGGAUCUCCAAGUUCAGUUCUUGCGCCUUAUCCGACGGCUUGGCCAGUCACAGGAGAAUCUUCUGGUUGCAAAGGUUUUGUAUCGGAUACACCUAGCAAGCUUGAUAAGAGCAGAGGAAUCAGACUUGAAAAGAGUUAACCUUGUAAGCAAUAGAGCCAAAGCAAUUGCAGCAGAGCAAGAGUCAGCUGGCCUGCCUGAAUUGGAUUUCCCAUUUAGAAUACUUGUCCUGGGGAAAACAGGGGUUGGCAAGAGUGCUACCAUAAACUCUAUAUUUGAUCAAAUGAAAACCAUGACUGAUGCAUUUCAACCAGCCACUGAUCGCAUCCGAGAGGUUGUGGGAACUGUUAAUGGAAUUAGAAUUACUGUAAUCGAUACCCCUGGUCUCCUGCCUUCUUCUUCCAGUAAUUUGAGAAGAAAUAAGAACAUUAUGCUAUCUGUGAAGAGAUUUAUAAAAAGAUCACCACCAGAUAUUGUUUUGUACUUUGAACGCCUCGAUAUCAUCAACAUGGGCUAUAGUGAUUUCCCUCUUUUGAAGCUCAUAACUGAAGUUUUUGGUACUGCAAUAUGGUUCAACACCAUCCUUGUAAUGACUCACUCUUCCUCGGCUCUUCCUGAAGGACCUAGUGGUUAUCCUGUCAACUAUGAGUCGCAUGUAACCCAAUGUACAGAUUUGGUACAGCACCAUAUACAGCAGGCAGUGUCCGACUCAAGACUUGAAAACCCUGUAGUAUUGGUUGAGAAUCAUCCUCAAUGCAAGAAAAACACUAUGGGCGAAAAAGUACUUCCAAAUGGACAGGUUUGGAAAUCUCAGUUCAUGUUAUUGUGCAUUUGUACCAAAGUUCUUGGUGAUGUCAAUUCCCUCUUGAAGUUUCAAGACAGCAUUGAACUGGGACCACUGAGUAGUACCCGGCUGCCUUCUCUGCCCCAUCUCCUCUCAUCACUUCUACGACAUCGCUCUAUAUCAAAUCCAAAUGGAGUGGAUGAUGAAAGUGAUGAGAAUUUACUUUUAGACACAGAGGAUGAAGAUGAGUAUGAUCAAUUACCUCCAAUCCGUAUCCUGACAAAAUCUCAGUUUGAGAGAUUGACAAAAUUACAGAAAAAAGACUAUCUUGAUGAGCUGGAUUACCGGGAAAUACUUUAUCUGAAGAAACAGUUGAAGGAAGAGUAUCAGAGGCGGAGGGAGAAUAGGCUUGCCAAAAUGGAAAACUUAGUGAAUGACGAUAAUUCUGAUAGCCAGCUGGUGCCUCCAGAGGCCGUUUUGUUACCAGAUAUGGCAGUUCCCCCAAGUUUUGACUCAGAUUGUCCUGUACAUAGAUACCGGUGCCUUGUUACAGGUGACCAGUGGAUUGUGAGACCUGUUCUUGAUCCCCAUGGAUUGGAUCAUGAUGUAGGCUUCGAUGGAAUAAGCCUCGAAACAGCUGUGGAAAUAAACAGGAAUGUCUUUGCCUCUGUCACAGGACAGAUGAGCAAGGACAAACAGGAUUUCAGUAUCCAGGCGGAGUGUGCUGCAGCUUACACAGCUUCCAGUGGACCUACUUGUGCUGUUGCUCUUGAUGUUCAAUCUUCUGGUAAAGAUAUGAUCUAUACAGUUCAUAGCAACACAAAGCUUAGGAGCCUAAAGCACAACAUUGCUGACUGUGGACUAUCUUUGACAUCUUUCGGAAACAAGCAUUAUGUUGGUGCCAAGCUUGAAGAUACCAUACUAGUUGGGAAGAGAUUGAAGUUUGUGGUUAAUGCUGCACGAAUGGGGGGUCCUGGACAAGUGGCGCAUGGUGGGAGUUUUGAAGCUACUUUAAGAGGGAGUGACUACCCAGUGAGAAAUGAUAAAGUCAGUCUGACCAUGACAAUACUUUCCUUCGACAAAGAAAUGGUUCUGGGUGGAACUUUACAGUCUGAAUUCCGGCUGAGCAGAAGCCUGAGUAUGUCUGUUAAUGCCAAUCUAAAUAGUCGCAAAAUGGGACAGAUUUGCAUAAAAACAAGUAGCUCUGAGCAUUUGCAGAUUGCUCUGGUUGCAGGUUUUACCAUUUUCAAGGCUCUAUUGCGUAGAAAGGCAACUGAAAGUAGAGGGAAGGAAGCAUUGGAGAGUGGAUAAGUUUGUGUUGCUGUUUGGAUGCUGGAGAUUUUUUUUAUCUUGAGAGAAUUCUGUAGCAGCAAAGCAAUCUAUAUCCGGAACUAUUGGAUAUGCAUCUUUUACCAAAAAGGAGGAGAAAACAAAGAUGUGGGUUUUCAAGGAGGUUUUUCGCUAUAUUUACCUCUUGUAUAAAACGGAAGUAUGGCAAGGAAAUCUAGCGAGCCAUCUAUUUUUGCCAUAUAAACCAGGAUCUCAACCUCAUGUCACUGCGAGGAUCCAGUCAAGCUGGUAGCUUUGCCACCGAGGUCUGAAUUCACAACUAAAUUGAGCUGUUAACUGUACAGAAAAACAUCGAAAAUGAUUUUUUGUUUUUGGUAGAAUGAGUCCAAGUAAGAGGUAAAAAGAAAUAAUUUUGAAAUAUUGUUGAAAAUUUUGAAAUCUUGUUUGAGCUCA